AUGGAGUCAGCAUUGAUGGAAGAGCCACAUACACCCAGGAAGAAGCGCAAUCCAGUGCUCUGGCAUGGUUUGCCGUCUCCAAACACUCCUACCUUCCACAGUGAAACGCAUUAUACACCAUCGGCCGGCUCCGCGAAAGAAGAGCUAGUUUGGCAAACCACCCGAGGGCAAACCAAGGACGCUGUCGACCAGUCCUCCAUACUGAUUCAGCAUUGCACCGAUACGGAUAAGAGGGAAGCCGAAAAUGUCAACACUGCAAUUUUGCGAGCAGUUGAUGACGCUACUCAAAAUGAUGCAAUACUUGCUCGCGAGCUCGAACGCUCGAUUAAUCCAACAAAAGCUCGCCGGAGUACUAGACUGCGUACGCAGGCGAAACCAAUCUACACUGUCCAGCUACCGGCUACAGACCCAAAGACUGUUCGGAAAUUACCACCUUCACCAGUGGCACCCGAUCGUGACGAGCAUGCUGAUUUCAGUAUUGUACCUAUCAAGAGCGAUCCAGUUCCCUUCAAGAAGCUACCGACCGUUCAUUCCCUCUCUUGGCAACUAAAGUAUCCUCCAGGAGGAAGCACACAUCCCUCAUAUCCAUACCCGACAAUAGACCCGCGUCUCCUCUUCCACCAAGCGUUCGUUCCUAUCGUCGGUGGCCUCCCCGACUUCACACUUGUCCCCAAACUCGUACUUCCGGUGGGAUGGAAGCAUGUCUCUUGGUCCGGACUUCUUCCAAUAGCUUUCGACCCGUACCGUCAAGCGUUUAAGCUAACUCCUGUGGGACCAAUGCCGCUUACCUGUGAGGAGCUUCAGCAGCAAGGGUUACAAAAGUACGUACCAGGUGGCGAGUUGCACCCUGAGUUCGGCUUGUUGCCUGAGAUGCUCAAGCUGAGUGAUGGAAGCGACGCUGAGGUGUACAAUUUCGAUGGUGUGGAUUGGACACUGCUGUGGGAAGGGCAAGUGGAUUUCCACGCCCCUCGUCGCACCAUGGACCAGCACUGUAUUAGCGGUGUAAUCAACAGCCCCACCGAUUCGAACACCUUCAUACCCAUGAUCACUUACCCAUGGCGCGAAGCACGGGACUGCCCGAACAAAGUUUUCGACCUCAGCGACGCCUGGCGUUGGCUAUCAGAAAAAGAGACCAACCAUACCGCUGACUUCAUCCCCACGACAGAGAAGAAAUGGCACGGAAGCGGAGCAUUUCGUUCAACGCGCAAGCUAAAGUCGCCUAUCCCCGAGCUCAUGAUGCUUUCUAUGCUGUCGACCCCUACUACACCAAACAUCCAACUCAACCCGCUGCUUCAGAACCAAGACUCUAUGAAGGACAAGAACCAGUUCUGCCCAUUCAAGAGUGUUGCAACACCUUGCACUGGUCACGCAGCGGAGCGCAUGGCAAAGGCUGGCGUGACAGGGAGUAUGAUACGGGAGUUCCUUAUCAUGACGCGAGGGCUUCAAGGCGAUGAGGUGGUGAAGCCAGGUAGUAUCUCAUGUGCUGCUAUGGCUGUAAGGAAGAGGGACUGCGUCAAGCUCGAGGAGGUUGAAGAAAUGGACAUCGACGAAGUCGGCAAAGACACACCUACACCUUCACCUGCUCUCAAAUCCUCAGUCAUCGACAUGACCACGAACCAUACGGCUGAAGGAUGGGUCUACGAUGUUUGGGAGAAGAUCGAUUACCCACUUCUCGCCCUCGCCCACGGCUUACAGUCGUUGCCUACUGGCCCGGACGCCGGACCACUGACAGCACUCAUACUCUGGUGCAGAGAGAAAGGUCAGUACCGAGCUCUGCUAAGUGAAGUACCUACGCUGCUCCGGGCAGCAGAUAUUGAACCGCUUAUCGAAUCCGGUGACGAUGGAUGUCCGGACAGAGAGUUCGCAGGCAGGCAUGCUGGAUCGUUGAAGAAGGAUAGGAUGAGGGUAGUUCGAGACGCUGGCGCUAACAAGAGGGCACUUAGUGGAUGUGUAGAUGAUAGCCAGGGAAAGAGGAAGAGGCUUUGGUAG